AGAAUAAAAAAAAUAAAUAAAAGAAGCCAGUUGUUGCUACUGUGAUCGAUCGAUAUAUAUAUGGAGAGGAAGCAGAAGAGAACCAGCAUGGGCCGGCGGAAGAUUGAAAUCAAGAAGAUAGAGAAGAGCAGCCAACUUCAGGUCACCUUCUCGAAGCGCCGCUCCGGCCUCUUCAACAAGGCCGGCGAACUCAGCGUCCUGUGCGGCGCACAAGUGGCGGUCAUCGUCACGUCCCUCGCCGGCAAGGUCUUCGCCUUCGGCCACCCGUCAGUGGACUCCGUCGCCGAUCGGUUUCUCGCUCAAGGAAACCCUAACCCUACCAGCAGUGGUCCAAGGGACGCAGAACUGAUCCGCCUGCAGCAGAUGAGGAACAAGUACAAGAACGCCGAGAGCAUGUUGGAAGCCGAGAAGGAGAGAGAAAGGGCGGCGGCGGCGGCGGCUCCGGGAGAAUUAGGGUUUUGGUGGGAUGAGCCCGUUGGUCAUCUGGAGUUGCACGAGCUUGAACACUAUCUGGCUGCACUGGAAGCGCUUAAGACGAACGUGUUGGCUAGGCUUCAUGAGGAUGAGACGGCAAUGGCGGCGACGGUGACGGCUAGUGCUUCUACGUCAAACUUGCUGGACUACGGCGGCGCAAUGAUCGGUCCUUUCUGAGUCACAUAAGAUCAAUAAGCUGUAGUAUACUUUGUUUCAGUUAACCACUGGGUUUUCCUUUUUCCAGAAAAUUAAAAAUAAAAAUUGCCAUUGACAUAGCUAUUAAUUAGAUACUCUAUAUCAAACAGCUUGUUCCACACCAUAUUUACAGAUCUUGAUAAAUGAAAUGCACG